AUGGCUUUGAAUUACUCAUUGUUCCCGCUUGAAUUUCAAGCUAUUGGGGAGUCUUUCGUAAACCAGUACUAUGCCAAAUUGCAACAAAACAGGCAAUUCGUUCUGGACUUUUACCAUGUAUGUUUUCUUUUGCUUACUAUUUUUUUCUAGGAGCAAGCACUGAUGACAUAUGAGGGCACUCCGCUUAACGGUCGUGCAGCCAUUAUGGAGCGUUUUCAGGUAAAAGCGGUUAGGACAUUUAAUCAGUUUGUAGACUCUUACUUGGAAAACUAUCCAGAUAAAUAUUACCAGUUGUGAUUGUCAACCAAUGGAAAACGGCAUUGUCGUCUUUGUUGAUGGGCAACUUAAGGUAUCUCCUUCCGUGUUGUCUUUAUUUAAUUUAUCCUCUUCCCACCACAUUAUGCAAUUUACUUCAUUUUCUAUUUCGUGAAACGAGUUUCCGGCUAGUUUUUAGCCAUCCGUCUUCCGAUAAUAAUCCACGCUUUGCAUUUACAGGAAAUCGCCUCUUAAUGCAUUCAGCACCUUUGCUCGGGGCGGGGGGGGGAAGGGUUCCGACAAAUUUACUUGCUCGUAUGAUAUAAUUGGCGGUGUGGUGUGGCUUUCGCAGUGUUACGGAUAGCAUUGCACUAACCACUGAGUGAACAUUGUUAAGCAGCUCAGAUCUUACUUCUAGGUGCCGGUUUGGCUGCCGGGGAUUUCAAAAUGACAUGAGACUUUCCCUUCCAGGUGCGUCCGACAUGCACAGGAAAUACAGAAGCCCUAGGUACUUCACAGCUUAUUCCGUUCGCCCAGUUUUAUCAUCAGACCGUGGGGUGGCGCGCGUAGUCGAUGCGGCCUUUUACGACCGCAGGACGAACUGCGUUAGGCGAUGUUUUAUCGAAAGAGUUACGAAUCGACUAUUGCAAUGCUAUAAAGGAUCAUGCUAACUCGCAAUAUGCUACUGUGCGUGCUGCCCGGUCUCCAUCCACCGUUGCGCGCAUGUUUCUAAUGGAGUUCGCGCGAAAUGCCUAUACCUAGCCGUUUCCACAGCCAUCAUCACGUCAUGCAAAUACCCAUGUGUAAUACUCCAUGCCCUACCUCGUUGCCAAAAACAAACCGUAAUGUUGCUUUAGACAGUUGGCAACUAGCAUAAAACGAUGUGUGGUGUUUUGUGUGAGAAAUUGAAUGUUAUUUGCAACCUAAUGACAGGACUCAAGAGAACCUGCUGGAAAUCCUGUCAAAUGUGUCCUUAGGUUGGUGGAUUUAGUAAUAUUCCCACCCUAGUCAUUACUGUUUGUUACUUCUAUCUCACCCAUAACUAUCGUACCGUCUCGGAUUGCUACACCAUUUUGGACGAGGACUGAGCAAAUAUGGUGUCAACGUCUGCCUGCCGUCAUUCUCAGAGCGUCACAAUAAUUUGACUACUUUUGGACAGUGAACGUACGUUCUGGCCUAAAUAGGUUCGUUCUUCUAAGGCUGCAGUCAAUGGUAUUGUGUUAGAUUCAUCGUUAACUACUGCAAAACCUUCCACAUUGAAAGACCGUUAUUCAAAUUCUUCCGUAGUUGAAUACGGUGUACUAAUUAAUAUCAGAAACAUGAUGAGGUAGGUUUCCGAAGAUUUCGCAGUACAGCUCGGUCACUAUUUCUGUACACUAGAGUAGGCCCGCGCCCACGCAUAAGUAACUGUUCUUCCCCUAAUUGUCUUUCAACACUACCCAAAAGGUCCUGCCAUCAAGUUACAUAGGAUUGGGUAAAAGGACAGCCUGAAAAGAGACUUGUGAAUAAUUGCGCCUUUUUGCGGUGUCCUAUUGUACGCUUUUUUCCAUUUUAGUGCGAUGAUGAGGCACGUGCGUUGCCAUUUUCGGAGUGUUUCGUACUCAAAAAGAUGGAGAACAGCUACUGUAUUACAAAUUCCGUGUUCCGCCUGCACUUGCACAACUUUUAA